UCAGAAAUCAUUCUUCAUUGAAAGAUUUCUACACGAGUUUUCUUAAUAAUUCCCUUAUUAAAAUGGUUUAUAUCGACUCCUGGGAUGAGUAUGUUAAAGCAGUUGAACAGCUAUGUCUCGAAGAACCAAGCAAGUUUCGAUUUGUUGUAAAAUAUCGCAAUUGUGAAGGAAAGUUGGUGUUGAAGGGGACAAAUGACAAAGUUUGCUUGAAGUACAGAACUGAACAACAGCAAGAUCUAAAAAGAUUGGAGAAACUAAACCUUACUUUAAUGAGACACAUGGCUUCGAAAUAACAUCAGUUUCAAGGCAGAUAAUUGCUUUUGUAUGAUGGGAAUUCAAAUAUUGCAGAAGGGCGAGGAAUCCUAAAUAACUAGAUCGUCACGAUUUAGCAAUAUUUGAAGAUAAUCGUAAAUAAUUAUGGACAAGUUGGGUGAAAGUAAUCAGGGCCAUUCUGGGGGGAGCACAGACAGUUCUCCCCAUACCUGGGGUUGGGUGCAAAAUAAGCAAAGGGAGAAUGAAUGUUAAAUACAUUUAUAAUGAAAAGUUCAAAGCUGUAAUAAAAUAAAUAAUAUCACCAUUUGUAGAUAAUGCAAUGUAUUUGGUUCAAAGAGUAAACAUUUCUCUGUACCAAUGGGGCAGUGGGUUAAUUACCUAAAGUAAAGCUUUAUACUCCUGAACAGCUCUUAAUUGCAGACUGAUGUUGUAUGAAUUAAGAAAUCCUAAAUCAGUUGUAUUCUACGCUUGUGAAAUUCAUUUC